UCUCCCUACACAGCACCAGACUACCAGCAUCCACCAGCUACCAUGUGCAAAGGACUAACCUAUCUGUCUGUCGCCUGCCUGGAAAGGGUAAAGGAACUGAAAGCCAGGUUGGGCAGCAUGCUGCAAAAACACGACUGGACUCAUGCCAGUAGCAAAGCCGGCAAAGACAGUCCUACCCUUGAGGAAUGCCUGAGGUGGAGUGAAUCUUUCGAAAGGCUCCUGUCGAACAAAUAUGGACUGUGUGCCUUCACGGCCUUCCUGGUGUCCGAGUUCAGCGAGGAGAACGUAGCCUUCUACGUGGCCUGCGAGGACUACAGGAAGAUCAGGGUUGCUGCCAAGCUCCCUGCCCAAGCCCGGAGCAUCUACGACGAGUUCAUCGCCUGCGACGCGCCCAAAGAGGUCAACAUUGACCACGAGACCCGUGACAUCACCAAAGCCAACCUGCAGGCUCCCUCCGCCUCGUGUUUCGAGCUGGCCCAGCACAAGAUCUACACGCUCAUGGAGAAGGACUGCUACCCCCGCUUCCUGCGCUCGGCCGCCUACAGGGACAUGGCCAGCCAGCUCGCCGCGGGGAGCGGGGCCAAGCAGACACGCCCGGGGAGGAAGGUGUGAGCGCCCCUGAGGGGGAAACCGGCGAUGGACGAGAUUGAACGCUGUCACCCGAGGGUGGAGUUGAACAAACGACGCACGCGCUGCGAUGGAUGGCGCCCAGGGCCCGAGGCCUUUUAGGGGCGGGGCAAAGACGCCGAGCUCCUUGCAUGCAGGGGCGCAGGAAGCGUGUCGCCCAGUCAGGAAGAAGAGGAGAGGGAGACAACCAAUAGAGACUUCUGCAGGAAGUGUUAGAGGAUGAAGGAUGGACAGACGUCCGUAUCCUGCCAGGAGACUCUAUGGGGUGUCGAAGACCCCUUUCGGACAUGUUCAGGAUGGGAGAGGGGUUCUUUGUACUGGUCUUCGCCUGCAAAAGUGUUGCAGAAAGGAAUGAACAUCUAAAAGAAGAUAUGAAGAGAAAGUUGUUUCCAUAUCUCAUGUCUUUUUCCACUUCCUCGACACCUCACAUGUUGGUUCAGUUGAAAUGGAAAAGAUGUGUAUUUACUUCAUGUUAUAUUUAUUUUUAAGAUCUUGGUAUGUGUUUUCUGAAAAAUAAAUCAAACAAGCAAACAUAUGCAUGCCCUGGCAUGCUUUUUUUACUUGAAACACGUUGAUUG